GCGGGAGCGCACUGAUGGCUCGGCCCUGCCGGUGGCUCCGCUUGUGGCAGGGACCUGUCAGGCUGGGUCUGCUGGGCCAGGAGCUCUGUGGCCUAGAGUGACUCUGCAGUCAUGCUGCAGUUGCUCCCAUUCUGGUGUCCUGUUCUUGAGAGCUGUCUGCGUGGAGACCUCCCAGCCCCAGGUCAGAGAAAGUGACACUUGGAAGAAGACCGAGCACCCUCAGUAGAACACCCAUCACUGUGCUACUGAAGCUGAAGACGGACAUAUUGAGCUGAAUCCUUUCAGCUGUGGUAAGAAGAAAAGCUACGUCGGGAAGGUCUGCUUCAGACGUGCUCACUCAGCACCACGAUGUCUGGAGCGGACAAAGGUGGUGCUGAAGGUAGUGCUGAUUCAUGCCAGAUAGACUCUGCCUUCCGCUACAACCUCUUCACUGUUUUCUACAGCAUCAUUUUCAUUCUGGGCUUUGUCGCCAACUGCUACGUGCUCUGGAUUUUCAGCCGUAUUUACCCCACCAAGAAACUCAAUGAAAUCAAGAUAUUUAUGGUGAAUCUGACAGUAGCUGACCUGCUCUUCUUGGUUACAAUGCCAAUGUGGAUUGUUUACUAUCACCACCAGGGAGACUGGAUCAUGCCUGAGUUCCUCUGUAAUGUGGCUGGCUGUUUAUUUUUCGUUAACACCUACUCUUCCGUUGCCUUUCUGACGGUCAUCACAUACAACCGUUACCAAGCUGUGACUAAUCCCAUUAAAGCCGCUCAGUUCACCACCCAGAGAAGGGGUAUCUACUUAUCAGCAGCUAUCUGGAUCAUAAUAGUGGGCAGCUCUUUGUAUUACCUUUUUGACAAUAAUACUAAUCAAGAGGAGAUCAAUUCGAAGAAUUUUACGCGGUGCUUUGAGCGCUAUGACUCUUCUAGCGGCGUUUCAGCUGUUCUCGCCAUUCAUGUCAUCAUCUGUAUCCUCUUCUAUAUAAUUUUCAUUUUUAUACUAAGCUGGAACAUCAUCAUUAUCAGGACCCUGUUCUCCAAAUCAGCGCAGCCACGGAAGAGUGCUCAUGUUAAGCAAAGGGCGCUCUGGAUGGUUUGCACGGUGCUGGCUGUGUUCAUCUUAAGCUUUGUACCUCAUCACAUAGUGCACUUGCCCUGGACCCUGACUGUUCUGGAGUUCUGGAAGAAGGAAAACUGUCAGUUGCGCCAACAGCUCAAUGAUGCUCACCAGGUGACUUUGUGCCUCUUGAGUACGAACUGUGUGUUGGACCCAAUCAUCUACUGCUUUCUCACCAAGAAGUUCCAGAAGCAUCUUUCCGAAAACCUGAAAAGCAUGAAAGGGAGUCGCAAGUGCUCCAGACAAACCACAGACACAGUGAUUGAGGGCACCAUUCACCAAGAGGAUGCCAUCAGAAUCUAGGUCAGCCCUGUUCUGAUUACAGACCGAGAUGCGUGAAUUAGUCACUCAUCUUUUCUCAAGAAGCACUGAGGGACACAAGAGAGAACCAGGAUAUUACAUUUCCUUUUUCCCAUUAGACAGAAGAAUGAACGCUCAUUUCUUCUAUCAUAUGCAACUGGCAGAACUGGAACCUGUAAUAAUCUGGCAGAAAAGCACCUUCUGUCUGGGCUCAUGUUCUCAGGGGCACUGAGAACAGCUCAGAUGAUCUGCUUUUACAUGGAAGAAAUGUCAUUGAGUCUCUGCAGUGAGCAGCUAGAAGCUAAACGCAACUGAAGCUACGCAUUGUGUCAGCACAGAUAGCACCAUCCCUGGUCCUUUGCCUGCCCAGCUCCCAUGAAAAUUCCAGUAUCAGAGCUGUAAGAGACUUCUAAAAGACCUGGAAGAACAGAGUUGCUAGCAUCAUGAAAUGACUUUUUGAAGAAGCUUGCAUGGGUCUGUGAAGACAGUCUGAUCUGAAGAAGCUCCUGCGUGGCUAGAAGGGACGUGGUCCAAGGAGUUCCUCAAAUGCCAUCAGAGAUCUGCACCUCUGAUCCCAUCUUACCUACUCGCAUGGUCUGCUGGGGCCCAUACUUGACAGAUCAUAGGAUCAUAGAAUCAUAGGGUGGGAAGGGACCUCUGGAGAUCAUCCCGUCCAACCCCCUGCCAGAGCAGGGUCACCCACAGCAGGUGGCACAGGAACACGUCCAGGCGGCUUUGGAAUGUCUCCAGAGACGGAGACUCCCCCACCUCUCUGGGCAGCCUGUGCCAGGGCUCUGCCACCCUCACAGCAAAGAAGUUCCUCCUCAUGUUUAGGUGGAACUUCCCAUGUUCAAGAUUGUGCCCGUUACCCCUUGUCCCGUUGCUGGGCACCACUGAAAAGAGCCUGGCCCCACCCUCCUGACACCCCCCCUUUAAGUAUUUAUAAGUGUUGAUAAGUACUGAGAUGUCUGGGAGUAGCUAUUAUGAACUUUUGCCUUUGCUCCCAGCUCCUGAGUCAGUCAAGUAACUGGACAAGUAAUGGUAACAGACAAGUAAUAGGCAAGAAAAGGAAGAUAAAUUGGCAGUGCCUCAGCCCCCAUCCCCAGAUCAGCACUAUGUCCAAAGGGGACUAUUGUCUGACCUGCCGCCUUCUAUGAUAGCCGAACUGGCAAACCAGUGGCCUCUUGCACUCAGCUGAGUAAUUUUUGGCUGACUGCAUGUGUCUGUGGAAAUCCAAUUUCACUUUGGAGGCUCCAGUAACAGAAGACUAUAGUCAGCAUGGGCAUUAUGAUAAGAAGAAAAGCUUAACACACUUCAGUAUCUUUGUUCUUAUUUAUUUAAAUUAGGCUUGUAGCAAGCAACUGUAGACUAUUCCUUCCCCCAGCCCUUCUAUUUCUGCUACCAAGAAAUUAAGCUGACUAGUUCUUCAUAUCCAACCACAGGUGAAGUGUUAGAACAGGUCAUGGCCACUUUGAGUAAACCAGCGCUGCACAGUGACACAGGAGAGCUGAUAGAUAUCUAAUUCAAGCACUCUGACAAGACGGGAGACUCCUCACUCAGGGCUGGCUGCUGUCAGUUGGGGCCGAGGGCAAAGUGUUUUUCCAGGGUGCUGAGAUCUGUUACGCAUCAUGAGACACUUGAGGUUCCUUUUCUGACACAAGUUGCUCAAUCCAUCACAGGAAAUUGGGCAGGGGAGGGAAGAGUUUUCACAACAGUUUUUGGUUCCCUAAACUACAUAGAAGAGUCUGGUUGAUGACAAGAAAAGUAUAUCUGACCUGUGACACUGAUUAUUCAUAUGGAAGUCAGCAGCCUUCCUACACCCACCAGAGAACGUGAAAGAUAAGCUCAAGUCUUUCCAAAGAUAGGACCAAUGUUUGUAUCAGACUUUGCCUACAUUCAGUGGAGAUACGGGUCCUUCGGAUGUCUCUCCUGAAGAUCCUCAGGCAGCUUUUAUGCUUACUUGUGUGAAUGCACAAAAGAACUAAGAUGCUUCUUUUUCUAACGCUGUCUGCCAGGGCCAGCCACACGCUGCAGGACCAGCACCGGGCAAAGAGCCUGAUCACAACAUGAAUGCAUUUCCCUCCUGGCCCUGGACACUGCUCCAGUAAUGGUCACCCAUAAAGAACACCUCUGGCACCUCUUAGCAGAGAGAUAAUUCCCUGACUAUGUCACUCUGCCUCGAUCAAAGCUUUGCCCUGAAUCUGCAGUCAUCCGAGCCACAGCACACACCAAGGGGGGCAAUUUCUGUAUUUUAAAAGCCUAAAUCUUGCUUGCUGGAGGAAUCUGCCUCUGUGUUUCUGCCCUUCCAGGCAGCAGGUUCUGGCUGAGGAGCACUUGCAGCUGGGGUGGAGCUUUCCCCUUUUCCCUUUGCCGCCCGAUGUGACAGCGCAGCUCUCUUGCUUCACAGCCCCUAAGCACUGAACAGAUGGAGUUUGGUAACUCUUAGAGGAAAUGGAAAGGGAUUUUACGUGGGGAUCUGGUAAAUGCAUGAUCUUCUAUUGAUUUGAGAGUUUACAGUAUAGGCUACUUACUGUGCGUAAAUCACAUGCUUUACUCCACAGAAAACAGCUGUAAGGCCAGUGUGGGCUCAGAGAACAGAGGAAAACUUGCAUUUAAGGAAAAGGCUGAGUGGAGGAAAAAGCCCCGAAGACACUUCAGGAGGAUAUGCUGCAGUAAUUAAGUCAGUAACAAUGCGUUUCUAAAAACCAGUCUGAGCUGCUACUUCUGUUCCUGGAAUUGCUUUCUCAGAUUACCGCAAUGUUGCAUUACUCUGCUUUAGUUUGCAAUAAAAUCGGUCCUCAAAAGUUCCUUUAAAUAAAACCAUGUUCCCCAAGUGUUUUGCCCUGUAACUCCUCCCCCUUUCUCAUCUUUCUGUAUUUAUAUUCAAGGGUACCACGCCGACACAGCUUGAUUUUGGUGUUAUUUUUUUAAAAAUCACCAUGUGAACUCUCGGGAGAAGCGAAAUUAAAGGCUCAGCAAGUUUUGACUCGCUAAAAAGGAAGGGGAAAGAACUAAUUUCUGACAGGCAACAACUUCUGAAAGACCCGCUGGAGCUCCUCAAAACCCCCGACCGCGGACCUGCGCACACGGGGAUUUCCGAUGGACGCGGCUCCGGCCGCUGUAAAUAACCGCCACCCAGGGCCUGCAGCGGGCCGCCGGUGAGCCCGAGCGCCCGGCAGCAGCGGUGACCGCGGGCCGAGGCGGGGCCGCUGCAGCCCCGUCCACCCGCUCUCGCACGGCGGGG